GGUAACCUGAAAGGGAUGAGGAGGCCCCCAAGGCUUAAAAGCAGAUCCACUGCUGUUCCAGGGGUCAGUACAGGACUCACUCGGAUAGGUGUCUUCUGCCAGGCGAGACACAGGUACUCCAUCAGCAUGGCAACCAAUAUAGUAAUGCAGCAGCCCGGCACCACAAUGGUCAUGGCACAAACGAGCGAGUGGAGCUCAGGCAUCUGCGAUUGCUGUGAUGACAUGGCAGACUGCUGCUGUGGUUUCUGGUGUCUGCCAUGCUAUGCCUGUAAGGUAUCUAAGGAUCACGGCGAGUGUACCUGUCUCCCCCUUCUGGAAUAUGCUGCUUUUGGUUAUGGUGCAUGUAUUCCAGCCAUCGCCCUUGCUGUCAGAGUCUCUGUACGUCGGACCUAUGGCAUCCAGGGAUCCAUCUGCAAUGACUGUCUGCAUGCCUCAUUCUGCUACCCCUGCUCCUGGUGCCAGGUAUCUCGAGAGAUAAAAGCUCGACAAUCGUCUGCAGCAAUUGUCUACAACAGAACUGCCAAAUAAGGCAUCGUUCCAUCAUGCCUCUCCUGGCCAAUCACCAAUAUUGCAAAAUGUCAAAUUGUGUGAAUGGGAAGGAGGACAUGUUAGGUAUUCUGACCCAGGUUUCGAUAAACCCUACUGUUUAUGUUCAGUUCAGUCCUCCUAGUACUAAUAAAUGUAUUAAUGUUAUUUGGUUUGUAUCCCUUCAAACUGGGCCAGGAAGUAGUUUUCAGUUGGUAUUAAAAACAAAACAUAGUUGUCACCACAAGAAAUCCUACAUUAAAACUACAAAAAAUUGAUUAGUAAAACAUAUAAUUGUGACCAGCUUUCUUUGUGUACUUAUUACAUGUCUUGCAACAACUGUCAUUGUAUGGUGUUGCCCAGAUUAGGUCUAUUUUAUGAACAGUUCAAUGCCUUGGACUUAGUCAUGUGGUAAGUCAUGUGAGUGAAACUCAAUAGCAAUAAUAAUGGCUAAGUAAUAGGAGUUAGGGUAACUCAAACUGGUUUCUUAUCUAACAAGUUCUGUCACCUUUGCAUAGUCUCGCCUAGAUUUUUUAAAUGGAGAUAAGUGCAAAGCGGUGAAGUGACUCAGACCUAAACAGUCACCCAAAGCUACAAAGUGCAUCAUUAUCAUGAGGUUCAUCUUGGAGGCUUGGUAGCUGUGAAUGACUCUCUCUGUAAGGCAUAGUUAGAUGGCAGCAGAAUACAGUGCAUUAAAAAGAGUACGUGUGAAAACAUAAGUAACAUUUAAUGUGCUUGAUUAUUCACUGUGCACUAUUCUUCUUUGAAAGAUGUACAUUUUUAACCAAAUAAUUUUGUUUCUAUAAAUCCAUAAAAAGGGUGAUUUCUCAGAUUUAUCUGUGACAGCAAGCAGAAUCAUGUCACCAGGGUGGGACUGUAGGCUUUGAGUUUUAAAAAUAUGUGGAUAGGAAAGAAAGCAAAACAACUGGAAAAAAACACAACAAAAUGAAGGUCAACGAGUACUUUGCAUUUCAAUCUGGAACAAAGAUACAAAACAGAAGUCCAUUUUAUAUAGUGGAAUAUCGUAUUUCAUGAAAUCCAUUUAUCAGACUUACUUUGUGGUUAACUAAAAUUCACUUUAAUUAGGACGUAAGAUGGAGUUUCUUGGGCUUCGAUUACAGAUGCAUGUGAAGGAUCUGUGUUAGCAUCUUAGCAACAUUUUCUCAAAUUCAGUUAAGUUCCUUAUAAUUUAAUUCUACAACUUUGUUAUGUCUUGAUUUUCACCAAAUGAACAGUACAAUGCCUAAGUCUGAAAAAGAGACCUGAGAACAUCAAGUCAACAAGGUCAUUUGUAUCUGUAACCAUACAUUUUGUACAUGCAAAAUCUGUCCAGGUGGACAUUUUGUGUUCACAGGUUUUCUCAUUUCUGCAUGCUUAAAGCAUUGUACAAGUUAAUGUAACCGACAUGAUCUGGCAAGUAGAAGAGUAGACUGUGUCUCCCUAUUAGAAUUUCUUGAUUCCUUUGUUACUUUGUCUUUUGAUCCCUUUAAUAAACAAUCCUUAUAAUAUUA